GAGUUACUGAUGGGAACGAACAGUUGAUUUAAUAUACUGUGUUUCGACGUAUGUAUGUUAUUCGCACACUUUUCAUAAAUGUUUGUGACAACAAAUUCAUCUAAAUUAAAUUUGGUUGAAAAUAUUUUAAGAAAGUCAUCUAUCCUGUCACAUUUUAUCGAAUCAAAUUUAAUAAAGUGUUGUUAAUCAUUAAUCUGUCUUUAUAAAUGACACUUCAAUCCUCGUUGAUUAUGGAGAUGGGCUGGAUCUGUCAACUAAACUGAAUUUGAAAUAUUGUCUGAGAAAAAUUGGUUUUGCUGUUUUUAACAAACCCAUAACAAGUUGAUAGAACUUUUAUAGAAUAUAAUUUAAUUACUAGCGAGAAAUCUCAACAAUUGACUACGGUAGUCAUCUAGAAGUAUAAAACAGGCUUCAUAGAAAGCCUUAUUUAUCGAAUGAAUGAUACUAAUAGGUAGUGAAUACGAUAUAAUGGGACGGGUAGUGCGGAUGCAUAACUGUUGAGACUAUUAUGAGCAUGUUUACUAUUUAUGUUAUUAUAUAACUGGUAAAUAAUUGUCUUGUUGCAUUUCUAUAUCCUCUGAUUUCUAAACUUUCAUUUUAUCCAUAAAUCAUUAUCCCAGGUUUAUCAUUAGUUGACUAUUUCCAUAUCAAUCUUGUGUUGUAUCACUUAUGUCUAAGCUAAGAGAUACAUUAUGAUUCCUUAAUUGUGUUACUGUGUAGUCAAACAUAUCCAGUAUAUUGUUGUGUGAGUUGUCAGUCAUGAUUUAAUUGAGCAUAAUAAAGAGGUGAUUUACUCUUUACAUUUAUCUUUUGGUUGACCACUGGUUUAUGAGUUGGAGGACCAAUAAGCAAUAAAGUCUUAGUUGUUGCUCAUUGGUCUGUAUGUCAGUUGGCAAAUAGGUCACCUGUUUUACUGGUAAUGUAUGUGAACGGUUCGAUGAUCAAACAAGCGAGAGAUUAGAUAACAGCUUUCUCAUUACUAAGACCCGACCACACAAGACCCAAUAAAACCCAAAAAAGCAAUCUGUUUGUCCCCUACAUGACAAUAUUUUUUAGUUAGUCAGAAUGAUUUAUACGGUGAACGCGUGGAUAGGUGGCCUUAGCUGAGUAAAUAACUCAGCUGUUUAUUAUAGACUGGCUAGGCUAACAUUCGGUUUACUAAACUAUCUUGGAACAUCGUGUAACUUGGGAAUUCAUCCUUCACCUGUUUAGUGUAUCAAAGGGAUCGGAAAGAAUUUAAGUUUAGUAUAAGCAACGCUUAUGAAACUACGCCUUCCUCAUUUUGAUAAUAAAUUUGCUAGAUCACAAGGAGUACUAUUGGAAAAUACUGUCCAAUCAAGUGUCUACUUUAAAAGGAAUAUGAAAGAUUUUUCAUAGGUGAGUCUACAAGCAUUAUAAACCUAAAAGACGAAGUUCUGAAAGACGUCGGUUUGAACAACAAACAUUACAUUAAAAUAAAAUAUGUAAACGACAGGCUGAAUACUUUCAGACAGUUUCCUAAAAUUAAUUAUAAUCAGUACUGCUACAGGUCAUAGAAAAUAAAGUUCUUUUAUUAAUAGAUGAAACAAGAUAGCAGGAACUGGUCUAAAAAUGAGGAAAACAAAAAACCAUAUUAUCAAAAGCUGGAAAGCAAUUCAUGUUUUGCAUGCUGCAUGAUUAGAAUCACAAUUGUAAUCGUUAUUGAAUAAAGAAAAACUCAGAAAAAUAAAUAAGCAGACAAGCUGUAAUUAUUUAAAAACAUAAUUUCUAUAAGUUUCAUAAAAACUGAAAUGAGUAAAGUCGUUAUUUCAAGUAAGGAAGAGCUACAAAAUACAGGCUAUGUACCACAGUUAGCGGGUAUAACCCUAAAUUAGUGACCGUUUCUUCUAUGUUGAUAAGGCAUACUUACCAUUCAUUCGCAAACAUCCUUAAGGAAACUGCUUUAAUUCAACAGAAACUUAACAUUCAGUCAGUCAGUCAGCUACAACGUAGGACCAGGCACAUAUAUGCAUCGGUCCAAGUUGCCAUACCUUAUUAGCACAGCAAGAUGAACAUGGAAUUCAUAGAAGUAGUUAAUUCUGAAACUUAACAUAUAUGUGUCUUUUCCCUGGUACAGAUACAUUUCACUGGACACCAGAUUCCCAACGAGUUGUACAAGGUCGUUUGAGACAAUUCACGUAACGUAUACAACAACCAGUUGUGGGAAAGAACAAACCAGAUCCCAACGGAGGAAGAAAUUAGGAAGAAGCGCUGGAAGUGGAUAGGACACACAUUGAGGAGAGCACCCAACUGCGUCACAAGACAAGCCCUCACAUGGAAUCUUCAAGGCCAAAGGGAAAGAGGACGACCAAAGAACACAUUACGCCGAGAAAUGGAGAUAGACAUGAGAAAAAUGAACAAGAAUUGGAUGGAACUAGAAAAGAAGGCCCAGGACAGAGUGGGUUAGGGAAUGCUGGUCGGCGGCCUAUGCUCCAUUAAGAGUAACAGGCGUAAUUAAGUAAGUAAUGUAAAAAGCAAGUAAAUGAAGAGCCUAUAUGCAUAACAGGCACCACUGUCAGUCAAUAAACAAAAGCACUCGGCUAAAACUGAGUGGAAAACCUUUCCGCCAUCACGUUUUAAAAAAGUUAUACAGAAAGCUUAAUGAAUGAUUUGUUAAGAUUAUUCCAAUCUCAGCAUACAAUCGUAAAACUGAAAGCGUAGUUGUCAUUAUGAAUAAAAGUGCUUCUUUCAGUUAUUAUUUAUACGAAGUUACUACACAAAUUGAUUAUAAAUAGCAUCUGACGAUGAUAUAUUUUGUUAAACUGCACUUGAUAGUUUUUGAAGAUAUUCGCAUAUAGAAUGUGUGACUUAGUUGAAUAUCACUUAGCUGAUUGCCCAUAACUACUCAAAAUUAGAUACAGCCAAUCGUAUAUUCGAAUUACUUAUCUUAGUAACUAUAUUCUAAACCCAUUUGACAGAAUCCAAUCAAUGGUAGCACUUCAUGCAUAGAGGCACAUUAAUCAGAUAGGACUCUAAAAGCAAAUGAUUAUUUCGUAUUUAUUACCGAACCAAAGUCACUGUUAAGCAAACUGUCAUUAAAAGCUUGAAAUCAGACGUCGAAAUAUAAAGGUUUGUGAGAUACUUUUUCCCAAGUACACUUUAGAAAUUAACAAAAAUAAACAACAGUUUGGUGUCCAAAGGGUAAAAGGACUGUCUGCAAUGUUCUCACAACCAACACACUCGAAGACAAGAAAAACAUAAAUUGCACAAUCCCUAAGAGCUUAACUAAACGUCCAAAGUUACACAAAUUAACGCUAUUGAUUAAUAUGACAAUAGGACCAACCUUGUACACAAGUAUGGAAUUAUGAAAGGAUAUUUAAUUGUAUUCUAAAACACCAUCAGUGCAUUACUAAUUUACCCCUUAAAACUAAGUGUAGAAUUGGAUAUCACCGUUAAACUAAGCGCAAAAUCAAUGGGAAGAUGGUGAUUGUGGCUGAAAGAAAACCUAGGCCAAUAUCGUUUCUUUACAAGCUGUCGCCCUAAAUUCAAAUGACUGAGGGAUAGGAACAGAUUUCAAGACAAAUAUAAGCUGCGUAUAAUUCCCUUUCAUCAGAAGACAAAUACAUAAGGAAAUCGCCCUUCAUACAAAGCGACAAGGAUAUUUUAUUGUAGAAGCAUAACGUAUGAUCUUAUUCUCCGGCUGAAUGUAGGCCUUCACCCUGAAUGGGGCUCCGAUUUAGUACAUAAACUUCUAAGUGUCCCAUUAUCUAACUAAUCCUACAAAAGGACUAGCGAUUUCGAAAGUUACUGUAACUUAAUUUCUGGUCUUUUUGUUAAUAUCAUAUCUACUAUCAUGUGCUUAUUAUCAUGUACUAACUUUCGUUCCUAAUCUGUUAUAAAAGUAAUGACAGUAAUAAUCAUUACAGUCACUCAUUCCCACUUAAUUGUAUCAUCCGUAAAACAACAGAAUGAUAAAUCCAUCACACGAAAGUCUAUCACAUGCAAAUUACGAAUCAAUAUGAAUGUAGUUGUCCAAUUGGUCAAUCAUAUUUGGCCAAUCUGUAAACUGCCCAUCUAGAUUUUGUGUAGCAAAUCAUAAGUCUUGUCACCCUUCUUUUUCUGAUUGGCUCGAGAAACUGGAUUCACGGAUGUUGUGUUCAUGACGAGAACAUAACGGAAAUCACUUUUCAAAACACCAUUAUUUCGUCAGGCUAUACAGAAAGUAGCGGUCGGAUUUGUUUGAAGUACUUUGUAGUUUGUCAGGAUGUGUAAAGUAAUCUCGAGUACAAUUUUAGUACUGUUCAACAUCCCACUUGUGAUUAUUGGUUUAGGACUUGUGGUUUUUGGUGCUUUAAUACGAUGGAAUGAAAAACUUUUGGUUGAACGAAUUACUCCUACGAUUAUCGAAGAGAUAGAUGAUGAGAAUGCACGUGAAGCUGCUCAAAAAUUAGUAGAAGAAAGAAUAACGUUAUUUGCUUCUUAUGGUUUGGCAAUUUUCUUGUUCGGUCUCUUCAUUUGCGUAUUGUCGCUCUGUGGAAUAUGUGGAGUAUGCUGCAAGAGUAAAAUCUUACUUGGAUUAUAUGCAGCAUUUCUUCUAGUCAUAUUUUUGGCGCUGCUUGUGUUCACUAUUGUAUUUGGAACACGUAAACACUGGUUCCGUGAUGAGCUGGGUAUAAGUUAUAGAAGAUCAAUUACUAGUGAUUAUCAUAUGGACAAUAAUUUUCCACCAAACACCGGUUUUACUGUAUUUGUUAAUGAAAUUCAACGAAAGCAUAAAUGCUGUGGUUCUUUUGACUAUCGUGACUUCCAAGAUAAUGAAUCAUUCAAACGACAAAAUUAUAAGAUUCCAGCCUCUUGUUGUAAAGAUAUAAAAGACAAAGAAUGCUGGGAACGUCCAACAACACAGAAUAGUUAUAAAGACACUGGUUGUUUCGAGUUUCUAUGGUCAGCGGCACAACCAAGCUAUCGAAUUAUUCUUUAUAUCUUGAUUGGUCUGUUAUUACUUACGUUUACAUUCGCGGUUAUCUCUAUCUACCUGCUGACACGAUAUUCAAGGGAGAAAAUGCAAUUGUUGUAGAGAAAACAAACAAUUUCACCAUUUUAUUCGCUUUAUAUCUCUGUCUCACCUAAUAUCCCAGUUGAAUUUAUCUUUAGCACAUAUACCCUAUUUAUUUAACGUAUUAUAUACAAAUACCUAGGAUCAUCAUAUAAAUUAUAAAAUGCGAAACUGUCAAUUUAUAAAUAUUUGAUUGUGGUUACACAUUUUUGUCAUCAGUGUACUUCGCACUGAUCGGUUAAACACACAUCCAGAGUUAAAUUAGCGCCAAGGAAAAGUUUCGAUUUAGGAAAAACAAAAACAAAACAAAAGAAAACUGUAAAAACUGAACAGUUUAGAAAAGGUAUCCUGUAAAAUUCAAUUUCGCUCGUCUUUUCUUCUUAUUUAAGACGCUUAACCCAUCUUGAAAGUGUUACAAAUAAACAUUUUAAAAGCGAAUAACGUUUAAUUUAGAAAAAGUCACUAGAAAAAACCUCUUAUCUAACUUCAUUUUAUUGUUAUGCAGACAUUUAUUAUUAGUCACCUGACAUGUGUUAUUCUACUUGCUUUCUCAUUAUAUACAUAUCAAUAUAAACAUUAAUUCUAUAUUAUUCAAAUUAUAUUAGCGCCUAACCAAUAAAUACUGCACAUGGCUUAAUAAUAUGCAAGUACUAUCGUGCAUAUUUUUUCAUAUGCUCUAUGUACAUGUAGUAUAUAUAUAUAUAUAUAUAUAUAUAUGCUUAUCAUUCUGCUAACAUAUUCACCCAUUAAAUAUACCUCAUGUUUAUACCCCAUCCAUGUUCUUAUUGAUUAU